GCUCCAAGGCCCGGCGCCCCCCUUCUCUGCCCACCGAUGAGCUCGAGCUCGAGCGCCGCUGCCACUCUCGCGGCCGCAGUCGCUGCUGGCCGGAUGCACGAGUACACUUUCGAGUCGGAGCGGCUGCUCAGAACGGCCCUGCGGGACGUCUAUCUUACGCGCCAGUACACAACGAUUACGGGGACAGCCAAGAAUCCGCAUAGCACCCGUCCGCCGACGACCCUUGAGCGGUAUGAGCCCUCCACGAACGAGCUCACAAAGGCGGUGAUCGAUUGGAAGGCCCGGACGCUGCAGGUUGGAGGGGAGAUGAAGGGCGUCGAUGAGGUGAAGCGCAAGACGGGCAAUUUCACCGGGUCGAGAUAUUGGCGCUGGGGAGACGACAAGGAGGAGUACAAAGUGCGUUAUCUGGACAACAUGUGGAUUGCGUCGGACGCGAAUAACGAACCUGUUGCGUCGCUCACCUCGGCGACGAAGCAUGUCUUCAAGCCCAACCCUCUCCCCGUCCUACGUCUCUCGCGGGCUCUGCAAAGCGAGCCGCAGCGCCAAUUUGUUAUUUUACUGCUGCUUUACUCGGAGACGAAGAGACUCGAUCGGCAAGAUUGA